AUUCUCACCGUGUCAUUAUCCUUGAACUUGAAACAGCGAAGAACGCCCUAGAAAAAGCCAUAGCAAAAACUAUAAAAGAUGUCUCUGGUCUCAGAGGAAGUCAAGGCCAAGGCAGAGGUCUACCAUGGAGACGAGCUUUGUAAAGAAAAAUCGCAGCUUUUGCUCAAGGAAGUUGGGUUACCAAAUGGGUUGCUGCCAUUGCAAGACAUUGAGGAAUGUGGGUAUGACAAAGAGACUGGCUUUGUGUGGCUGAAGCAGAAAAAGAGCAGAAGCCACAAAUUUGAACAGAUUGGGAAGCUUGUUUCCUAUGGCACUGAAGUCACAGCAUAUGUUGAGCAAAACAAGAUCAAGAGGCUUAGUGGAGUCAAAGCCAAGGAGCUCUUUGUCUGGAUCACACUCAAUGAGAUCUGUGUGGAUGAUCCUCCCACUGGGAAGAUCACUUUCAAGACUCCCGCAGGACUCUUCAGGUCAUACCCUGUCUCGGCUUUUGAAGUUGAGGAGGAAGUCAAGGAAGUGAAGGAAAACAAGGAAGUGCAUGUGAAAGAAGCUGUGGAAGUGAGAGAGGUCUGAUUUUUAGGAGUUCUUUUAGAGAUCCCCCAAAAAAAAAAAAAUUAAGGCGUCUAUUGUAGGUUCUUAAUUUCUAUCUCGGUAAUGUUGUGAUGCUUUGUUAUCCUUUUUUACAAGUGUUACUAAUUAUAAAAUAAAGUUCUAUCAGAAUUUCAUAUA